UCACAACAUCGGCAUUUUACCAUCACUAAACAUCGCAUAAAGAAACAAGAACAGAAAACAGAAACAAGAAACUGAAAACUGAAAAGUAAAUUUACCGUGGUAAAUUCUCCAAAUUUAAAAUGGGAAAGAAAAACAAAUAUAAGCAAGAAGAGGAGAAGCCAAAGCCUGCGGCUGCUGCACCUCCGCCAGCACAACAACAACAACCACAACAACAACGUCAACCAGCAAGCUCUGGCCCGAGUACUUCUGCUGCUUCGGGCGGAUGGCAGACCCAAAGUGGCCAGCAACAGCAAAGGUCCCAACAAGGCCAAGGAUGGGGCGGACAGCAGGGAACUCAACAGCAGCGUGGGCAGCAAGGACAACAAGGCGGCUACCAGUCCAGAGGACCGCCACAGCAGCAGCAGCAGCAAGGUGGAUACCAGUCCAGGGGCCCACCACAGCAGCAGCAGCAGCAAGGUGGCUACCAAUCCAGAGGACCACCACAGCAGCAGCAGCAAGGGGGCUACCAGUCCAGGGGCCCACCGCAGCAGCAACAGCGAGGUGGCUACCAGUCCAGAGGACCACCACAGCAGCAACAGCAAGGUGGCUACCAGCAACGUGGACAGCAGGGACAGGGUCAGGGUUCCUACCAAUCUCGUGGACCGCCUCAACAACAAGUCGCCUUGCCGCCGCAGCCUGCCGGCACUAUCAAACGUGGUACAAUCGGCAAACCCGGCCAGGUGGCCGUUAACUAUCUGGACAUAAACAUGGAGAAAAUGCCAGCAAAGGCCUACCAUUACGAUGUGAAGAUCGAACCAGAGCGACCCAAGAAGUUCUACAGACAGGCCUUCGAGCAGUUCCGCGUGAAUCAACUGGGCGGAGCCAUUGCCGCCUUUGAUGGCAGAGCCUCUUGCUAUUCGGCGGACAAGCUGAACACUAAGACACCUAAUGGUGAAGUGACUGUGACAGAUGCCCAUGGUCGCACUUUGAAGUAUACAGUGGAAAUCAAGGCCACUAACGAUUUGGAAAUCGAUCUAAACUCGCUGAGAAACUAUAUGUCUGAUCGAAUCUUUGACAAACCUAUGCGGGCCAUGCAGUGCCUCGAGGUAGUAAUGGCCGCGCCAUGCCACAGCAAGUCCAUUCGGGCAGGACGCUCCUUCUUCAAGAUGUCCGAGCCGGGCCAGCGUCGUGAGCUAGACGAUGGCUAUGAGGCUUUGGUUGGUCUUUAUCAGGCCUUUAUGCUGGGCGAUCGUCCUUUUUUGAACGUCGACAUUUCGCACAAGUCCUUUCCGAUAGCCAUGCCGGUGCUCGAGUAUUUGGAGAGAUAUGGCCUGAAGGCGAAGAUCAACCGGGACACCAAUUUGGGUAAUUCGCGUCGCUUCAUUGAGCCGUUCUUAAAGGGCAUCAAUGUAGUUUAUACGCCGCCACAAGCGUUUGGCUCGGCGCCUCGAGUUUACAAAAUAAACGGGCUUUCAAUGAAUCCGGCCAUUAGCCAGACAUUUGAGGCCGACGGCAAACAAAUCACCAUUGCUAAUUACUUCAAGGAACGCAACUACCAGCUGCAGUUUCCGCAACUCCACUGCCUGCAUGUGGGACCUCCCAUGAAGAAUAUUAUGGUACCCAUCGAGCUCUGUCGCAUUGAGGCUGGACAGGCAUUGAAUCGCAAAGAUGGGGCCACGCAGGUGGCCAAUAUGAUCAGGUUCGCCGCCACUUCGACCAAUGAGCGCAAGGCCAAGAUCAUGAACCUGCUUAAAUUCUUUGAGCACAAUCUCGACCCAACCGUCAGCCGGUUUGGCAUUCGCAUUGCCAAUGAUUUCAUCGUUGUGUCCACUCGCAUUCUCAAUCCGCCGCAGCUGGAGUAUCAGGGCAACAGGUGGUGCCCGGUCAGAAACGGUUCGUGGCGCAUGGACGGCAUGCGGUUCCUGGAGCCCAAGCCCAAGGCUCACAAGUGGGCCAUACUGUACUUUGAUCCGCCGUACGGUCGUAAGAUGCACUACAACCAGGUGAGCGACUUUGAGCGCCAAAUGCUUUCCCAGUCCAAGACGGUGAGCGUGAGCCUGGCCGACAAGGCUGAAAUUAGGACCUUCACGGACGAGCGCAAUCUGGACGCUUGCUUUGGGGAUCUCAAGAAGGCCCAGUGCGAUCUGGCCUUUGUGAUCAUACCGCAGAACGGAGCCUCCUACGAUGUGAUUAAGCAAAAGGCCGAACUGCAGCACGGCAUUCUGACGCAGUGCAUCAAACAGUUUACCGUGGAGCGUAAGCUAAAUCCCCAGACCAUUGGCAACAUCCUGCUGAAGGUCAACUCCAAGCUGAAUGGCAUCAAUCAUAAGCUUAAAGAUGAUCCUCGUCAGCCCAUGCUCAAGAAUGCCAUGUUUUUGGGCGCUGAUGUCACCCACCCGUCCCCGGAUCAGCGUGAAAUUCCGAGCGUGGUGGGCGUGGCUGCUUCGCACGAUAAAUACGGUGCCGCCUACAAUAUGCAGUAUCGCUUGCAGCGCUCGGCUUUGGAGGAGAUCGAGGAUAUGGAGUCCAUAACCUUGGAGCAUUUGCGUGUAUAUUACCAGUACUGCAAGUCGUAUCCGGAGCACAUUCUCUACUAUCGUGAUGGUGUGAGUGAUGGACAAUUUCCGAAAAUUAAGAACGAGGAGCUGAGAGGCGUAAAGGCAGCUUGCGCCAAGAUGAAAAUCAAUCCAAAAAUUUGCUGCGUUAUUGUGGUUAAGCGCCAUCACACUCGCUUCUUCCCGAACGGCGAGCCUUCGCAGUACAACAAGUUCAAUAAUGUGGACCCUGGAACCGUGGUCGAUCGCACUAUUGUGCAUCCCAACGAGAUGCAGUUCUUCAUGGUUAGCCACCAGUCGAUCCAGGGUACCGCCAAGCCAACGCGUUACAAUGUCAUUGAGAAUACAGGCAAUCUAGAUAUUGAUUUGCUCCAGCAAUUGACCUACAAUCUCUGCCACAUGUUUCCACGAUGCAAUCGCUCCGUUUCGUAUCCAGCACCGGCCUACUUGGCCCACUUGGUGGCUGCCCGUGGACGUGUUUAUCUAACGGGUACAAGCCGGUUCCUGGAUCUGAAGAAGGAAUAUGAGAAGCGAAAGAUUGUGCCCGAAUUUAUGAAGACGAAUCCCAUGUACUUUGUCUAGGCAAAGAGUGAAACUCGAAAGCCUACUUCUCUUAUUCUUUUAUUAUAUUUCUUUAUUGAUUUAUCACAUUUCUUAAACCAUAUAAAUACAUAUAUUAUAUUGGAUGUACUCUGUGGAUUCCCUCAAGAGUUUUGAGCCUUGAAAUUAUAUAUUUCAAUGCAUUUUCUUUUUCUAAAGUGAGAUGAAAAUGCUCUUAAAGGAAUCAACAAAGAAUAAACCUUUUAAAUAUUCAUUAAUCACAAAUAAAACUCAACUGAAACAGGAA